AUGAGCGCUGCAGCUGACCAUCGAGUAGCAUCUACAAAAUUCGAUGUCGCGUGGCGGGACCAAGGGACGGUCAUGGCACCACCAGAGGGUGUAGACCGGCCUUCGACGAGGCGGGGGCAACGAGAGCGCGCCGCACCAAUUCCUGGAGCAUCUGCUCAUGCUGAGAUACAAGACCAAGAGGCUGCUCAUGACGACGCCGACAAUGCCGACGACGAUGAUGCUGAGGACAGCCCAUCAGAGGCGGAAACCAACAUCGUCAAGUUCAUCCCGAGCACCUGCCUCUUCUGUCACGAGACCAGCCGCGACUUCGAAACCAGCCUGUCACACAUGCACCAAGCCCACAGCCUGGCCAUCCCAUUCCAGUCCUCCCUAGCAGUGGACCUCCAGACGCUAGUGUGGUUCCUCCACAUGACCAUCUUCAGCUACCGCGAGUGCAUCUGCUGCGGGACCCGCCGCCGGACCGUCGAGGCCGUGCAGCAGCACAUGCGCGCGGCGGGCCACUGCCGGUUCACCGUCACCGCGGAGAUGAGCGAGCUCUACGACCUCGACUCGCUGCACCGUCCCGCGUUGGCCCUUGACGUCCGUCCCGACGCGCACACGCUGCGGCUGCCGUCGGGGAAGCUCCUCGCGCAUCGCGCGCGGGCGGCGGAACCGGCGACGGCGAGGACACGCCUGCGGGACGACGGCGCCGGUGCGCAGCUUUCUCUGCUGGACGCGGCGCCAUUGGCCGCGGAACCCCCUUCAGCGGGACAGGACGGCGCGGAGCCGGUCCGGGCGCUGGCGAGGCGCGAUCGGAAGGAGCAGGCGCUCACGGCGGGGAUGGCGCAGCUGCGUGCGGCGGAUCGGAUGAGCCUUGUGCAUCUGCCGCUGGGUCAGCAGCGGUCGCUGCUCGUGGCGCGCAAGAACGCGUUGGACGGGGCGAAGCGCGCCGAGAGGCGGACGAGAGGCCGUAGGGACCAUGUGGGCAACAUGACGGCGAUACAUACGAACUACUACAAGCAGGAGGUGCCUGUGUAUAUGAGCGGUUAG